AUGAGCAAAGCUAUAGCCAAGUACCCCACUCGACAACUCGGUCGCAAUGGACCCACGGUCAGUGCCGUUGGUUAUGGUGCUAUGGGCAUAGGAGCCUGGUAUGGCAAGACUGAUGAACAGGAGACUAUGAAAGCACUCACCUGCGCUGCCGAUCGCGGCCUGACCUUCUGGGACACUGCCGACGUCUAUGGGAACUCCGAGGAGAUACUGGGGAAAUGGUUCAAGGACACCGGACGUCGCGCCGAGAUAUUCCUUGCGACAAAAUUCGGAUCGUUCGACACGACUCCGGGUGCCGAGAACAAGUAUAAAUCCAAUAGCAAGCCCUCGUAUAUCAAGCGUCAACUCGAGAACUCCCUCAAGGAGUUGCAGACGGAAUGGAUCGAUCUCUACUAUCAGCAUCGUGUCGACAGCGAGGUCCCCAUCGAAGUCGUGCUAGAGACUCUGCGCCCGUACAUCGAGAGCGGCAAGAUCAAGUAUCUUGGCUUGAGCGAGUGUAGCAUCGAUGUCCUGCGGCGCGCCAGAGCCGUCCCGGGUGUUGGGGAAAAGAUCAUUGCUGUCCAGAUGGAAUACAGCCCGCUCGAGCUGGGAAUUGAGACAUCUGGAUUUGUCGCAGCUGCGCGUGAGCUCGGCGUCGGCAUUGUCGCAUACUGCCCUCUAGGACAAGGUGUCAUGAGCGGAAAAUACAAAUCCCCUAAAGACUUUGCGCAAGACGAUCUCCGACUGAUGCUACCCCGCUUCAGCGAGGAAAACUUCCCCAAAGUGCUAGAGCUUGUCGACAGAUUCAGUGACGUGGCCGCAAAGUACAACGCGACCUCAUCACAAGUGACGCUUGCCUGGAUCCUCGCACAGCACCCCGACUUCGUUCCUAUCCCUGGGACACGAUCUGUCCAGCGCCUCGAGGAGAAUGCGAAGGGUGGGGAGAUCCAGCUCAAGGACGAGGACGUGAAAGCACUCGGAGUGGCGAUUGAUACCGUUGGCAUGCGUUGCCCGCGAUUCCCAGAAGGAUUUAUCUACGCCUGGUCCGAUAGCUGCAUACCUCUUAGCGAGUGGAAGGGCGAAUAG